AUGAAGGGGAUUUGGAUCUUGUCUCAAGGAUUGAGGUACUCGGCGAGAUUUGGCCAAUCGAGAUUGUCAAGCUCAGCUGCGCCAGUGAUAGACAAAGAGAGCGUACUGAAGAAUUGUGAGUAUGAGAGAAUGAUGAGCAGCCGUACAGGAUCUCAUCUCAUCCAAAUCACAGGUCACCCUCCAAGGAUGGGUGAACGCCAAACCCAGGAAGAUUUCGAAAAACCUGACGUUUUGCGAAUUUCGUGA